AUGAGAAAAUUGGAGCAAUUUUUAUUUGCUAGCGUGAAUAGAGCUGUUAAAUCAAUACACACGCGCAAAGGUCAAAGUAGCGUUAAAAAGAGAGGUAAACGAAUCUGCCAAAACACACUUCGAAAUCAAAAUCACACCACCCGAAAAGACGACGCCGCCGCCACCAACACGGCGCAGGCCGCCGCGCGAGCCACGGUCUCCCACCCGCGGAUCUCCCAGGACGAGCUCGCCACCGCGACGUCCGCCGCCGGCGGAGCUCUCGGCGGCAGCGCCUUCCUCGGCGGCGGCGGCGGCGGCGGAGACGGCGGCAGCGCCUCGAAGAACCUCCGCGGCAGCAGCACCUUACCCACCUCGUACACCGCUAGCUGGUCUCCGGCGUACACCGCGCUCCCGACCGACGCGUUCGUGUACCCAGUGGUGAUGUUCGCCCCGCCGCCGCUCCCCGCCGCCGCCGUCACAGGGUUGCUCACCGUGUCGAACUGCGACGGCGCGAGCAGCGCGGGGACGACGUGGAACUGGAUCAAUUCCAUUUUCCGGUCGUCGGAGAGCGAGUUGAGGGCGCCGGAUUUCAGAUCCGAAAACGCCGCGUCCGUCGGGGCGAAGACGGUUAGGGCUUGGUUGGAGUCGUUGAGCUGCGUGUGGAUCUGGUCGGCGACCUUGGUGCUCUUCAGCAGGCGGAUGAAGGUGGUGAAGUGGCCGGCCUUCGCGAGAAUGGCGGUCAGAUCGGGCGGGCCGGACGGGGCUGGGCCGGGGGCCGCCGCCGGGGUCUGGGCGGAGGUCGGAUGA